CUGAUGUACUGUCGAUCGACUAUUAGUCAGCUGUCAUCUUUUAUCUCGUUCAAAGUUCAGUUGAAAAAUUGAAUGAAAAAAGGAAUACAUACCUAGGAGUUCUAAAGUGAUAUUGCUUAGAUCAAAGAUCUCAUAACACAUAGUGUUAGAUAUUCUACUAUAAAGUAAAACUGUAGAUUUGCUGUCUGAUUCAAGAAAUCAACUAUUUCGAGAGAUUCAGGAAAGGUGCUCAACAGUUGAUAGUGUGUGAUAGGACAUCAAAUAAAAACACAGAUCAACAUGAACAGCAUUGUAAAAGUGUUCAGUAAUUUCAAGGAAUUCUACAGUGAAAUCAACGGUGCAACGCUCACGGGAGCAAUAGAUGUAAUAAUCGUAGAGCAACCAGAUGGCUCCUACAUGUGUUCACCAUUUCACGUGCGCUUCGGCAAGCUCGGAGUGCUGCGUAGUCGAGAAAAAAUUGUUGAUAUUGAAGUGAAUGGCGAACCAGUGGAUAUACAUAUGAAGUUAGGCGAGUCGGGCGAAGCGUUCUUCGUCGAAGAAUGUCUUGAAGACGACGCAGAUGUUCCAGCACAUAUGGCGACGUCUCCUAUACCAAGCAGUUCCUUUAAUGCAAACUUUCCAAGUUCUAUCACCAACGUUGGCAAGGAGGAACAAGCCAUUCCAAGACCUAGACGAAAUUCUAUUGAUUUUUCUGUAGAUGUUGCGGAGAUAGAAAAAAAUAAAUUUGAAAAUCAAAAGUCUGAAUAUAGUCAGAGACGGCACACAGAUAAUAUUACCGGCAGGCCGGAUUUGACUUUAACUAAAAUAGAAUAUACUACCCAAAAAAUUCGUCAAGAAUGGGCCGAAGUAGAACAAGAACAGAUAUUUCAAAUGGAAGCGAUUGAGGCAAUCAGUGGCGAUUGGUCAAGCAGCAGCACUCAACUACAGACUACUGAAGCAAAAGAAAUGCAUUUCAAACCGAUCGACGUAGCUCCAACUUCCGUACAGACUAAAGACCAAAGUACUGAAUCGAGUGUUGUUGAAGAACAACAAAAUACGUGUGCUGAGGAGAAACUGAAUGCGGACUCUAAAACUAAGAAAAAACGGAGAAAGAAGUCUAUCAUGAAGAAAAAAAACUCACAACGCAAAAACUCAUCCAGCAGUUCGGCGGGAUCGAAUAAUUCAGACCAGAAUGAUGGAGCAGAAACUGACAGUAUAACUGCAUCUCAGCUUACUGCAUCCUCGGUUAGUGAUUCCCCUAAGGACAAAGAAAAGGAAUCGUUCUUGGAAGAGCAGAUGAAGGAAGCAGAACAAUCAAAACAUGAACCGGAAACGAAAGGUUCUGUGGAACCAGUUAGCCGUGUCCAUGAAAUAGAUAUUCAUUUUUUCAGUGAUACUGAAAUAACCACUGGUGUUAGCCCACGGCAGUCCCGCCCAUCAACACCGGUUCAGAGCGAUACAGAAUUUGAAAUUUCCCAACGAGACACUACUGAAGAUAAUAAUAUGUCAGCAUCUUGGAAAUGGGGAGAACUACCAACUAAACCCGAUGAAUCGGAAGAUUUUGAUGCAACUCAAAGCAAACAAGCUCAACGAAAUUCAAUGCUUAGCGGGUUGAUAAGCUUUAUGAAAUAUAACAAGAAACUUCGUAAAAAUGUCCCAGACGGACUUUAUCUCUCCGAUCUUGAUGAAUCAUUGGACCCGGAAAUAGCAGCUCUCUAUUUCCCACCCUCAUCGUCCAAUAUUCAACAGACACAUAACGAAGAGGACAGGGAAAGCGGGAAUGGUACAUCAUUACCUCAAAGUCCUACAUCGCUUGAAGGAAUAAAAUGCCUCGAUUCCGACUACGACGACAAAGUCGAAAAAUUGUCCUUGGAUUUCAUUGCAAUGUCUUUGUGUGGUGGAUUGGAAAAUGGCAGUCCAACCCCCGAAGAGUUCGACAAACACAGAUUGUCAUACUCGGAUGUUUGCGCUAAUCCGAUCAUAUUCUCCUCUCCAGACUUAGUUGUUCGUAUCAACGACAAGUAUUACACAUGGGCAGCGGCCUGUCCACAAGUAAUGACAAUGUUAGCAUUUCAAAAAACACUUCCAACUGACUUUAGUGAAGUAAUGAAAUUUAAACCUCCGAAAGCUACAUCCGAAGCCUCGAGUCAAGAAGAAUUGGAAUCGAAAAAACAAGCCCAGUCAUCAGAUGGUGGUCGUGGUGGCCGUUGGUGGUAUUGGCGUCGAUCUAAUGACAAGUCGUCAAUGAAAACAGAAAAUGAGAUAGUUCAACGUUCUUCGGAAGAAUCGAAAACCUCAGCGGCGGCAACACAAACCUCUAGAUCUAAUUCCCCAGAAGAUGGUCUUGUAUCGACAGUAGAAUGUACAAGCAAACCUAAAGAUGAUAGUUAUAACGGUUCCUUGAGCUCGGAAGAUCUAGAGCUACCUGUUGAGCAAAGUUUCAGCAUGGAGAGGACUAACAGUCGACUCAAUAUUUUAUCCGAAAAGUAUCGCAAAACGCUUCGCUUGUCAUCUGACCAGAUUGAUAGUUUGAAUUUGAACAAUGGAGUGAAUGAAAUUGUUUUCAGUGUAACAACUGCCUACCAAGGCACAUCACGAUGCAAAUGUUUCCUAUUCAAAUGGAAACAUAACGAUAAAGUCGUUAUUUCGGACAUCGAUGGAACAAUAACAAAGUCUGAUGUUCUAGGCCACAUUCUACCCAUGGUAGGAAAAACUUGGGAGCAAAUUGGCGUAGCGCAAUUGUUUUCCAAAAUUGAAGAAAAUGGAUAUAAAAUGUUGUAUCUCUCUGCAAGAGCCAUUGGGCAAGCGAAGACUACACGAGAUUAUUUACAAUCAAUACGUCAAGGGGAUGUUAAGUUACCAGAUGGACCACUAUUACUCAAUCCCACUUCGUUAAUGUCGGCUUUCCAUAGAGAAGUGAUCGAAAAAAAACCGGAACAGUUUAAGAUUGCAUGUCUUAGUGAUAUACAGGCGCUGUUUCCGGAUAAAAAUCCUUUUUAUGCUGGUUAUGGCAAUCGAAUAAAUGAUGUCUGGGCAUACCGAGCCGUAGGAAUUCCGAUUUCUCGUAUCUUCACCAUCAAUACCAAAGGGGAGCUGAAGCAUGAAUUGACCCAAACAUUCCAAUCGACGUACGCAAAUAUGGCAUACAUAGUGGACCAACUAUUUCCGCCCAUCAAGCAUAUCGAAGAGGAAGACAGUGAAUUUACCAGUUUCAAUUAUUGGCGCAACCCUGUGCCGGAUAUUGAGUUGAACAUUGAGUUACCCAGCAGUUCCCAAACAGGAAGUGGAGGCUUAACGUCCGUCCAUGGCAAUUCUCUUCUUGCGGGCAAAGUAUCUCCAACAAGCUCAUUGGUGCAACAAACUUUACCAACAAUUCCAGAGAAUUAGAACUUGAAAUCAUAACCAGAAUCAGAAUUCUAUAUUCAAAUUAGCUAUCGACUUAUUCGUUUAUUGCAUGACUUAUCCAUGCAAACACUAAAGUCAAGAGUACAUGAGACGUAAACCGGAAAGUCGUAGCAAAAGCAUCGAUAGCUUUCUAUGUGAGUAAUAACAACUAGCCCUAUAAUAAACAUCGAUACUACCAAGUGUAUAUAAAGCUACACAGACGCGCAUUAAGUUAUAACAUAAUCACAGUGAUAAACGUCAUAGGCUUAUUCUUGCUCUUCUAUUAUAAAUUGUAUUCGAUUGUUUUUUUUUCACUUUCUUCAUGAACAAACCAAGAACUUUAGGUUUUAUUUCCAAGUUAUGUUAAUUUGAUGAAGAUUUAAAUGCAGGUGGUUUCAACUGAUAUAGGAAUGGCAAGUAGAAUGCCAUAACUGAAUGAGCUGAAGAUAUGUGAUAAUAGUUAGUUUUAUUUAUGAACACUUUUUUUCAUAUACUUGAUUUAUAAAGUAGCAUAGAAGGAUAAAAUUAGUUUCAUCGAAGGGUUAUUUUAAGUCAAUGUUUGAUUCAAUGUAUGCUAAAUAUCGAUAUUAUCGAGCGGUGCAAAUGAACCGUAUAACACUCACAGAACUCAUAAGUUCGCUAAAACGUUAAAAUAAAUGCUACAACAGGCUUCAAUAA